CUGCACUUGUUAAUCCAUCUAACCUGCACGCCCUUUAGUCCACCUCCCAUCAACCGUUUGUUUCCCGAGAAAAACCGAAAAGAAAAAAGCAGCAUGGCGGUUCGACCGACGGUCUCGCGGUUCCCUGUAGACCCAGACGCACAGGAGAGCUCGGGGAUGCCAUGGGGCGUGACGGUGACGCCGUUUGCCGCCAAGGACGAGAACGGGCAGUCGCCGGUGUACGGAUCGGACGGCCAUCUCUUGCCCCGUUGCGACAGUUGCUGGGCCUACUUCAACACGUACUGUGAGCUGGACCAAUGGAGCUGGACUUGUUCCCUCUGUGGCCAACCCAACGGCCUCUCUUCCAAGGCCAUUGCUCGCUACUCUCACCCUCAGUCCUGUGCCGAGAUGAUGUCCUCCUUCAUAGAUCUCGAGCUUCCUGUGGAAGGAUCUGAUGAAGCAAUGCAACCUCGACCGGUGUAUGUUGCGGCGGUUGAUUUGUGUUCCUCAGAAGAGUUUUUGGAGCUUACUAAGAGUGCGCUUCUGGCUGCUCUAGAAGCUCUUGGGCCUGGUUCACUGUUUGGGCUUGCUACUUUCAGCCACAAACUGGGGUUGUAUGAUGUGCAAGGGCCUAUACCAGUUGUCAAGAAUGUUUUCAUUCCCCCUGAUGCAGAGGGCACCCUACCAGUUGAACUUGAAGAUGUCAUGCCUUUGCUUCAAUUUUUGGCUCCAGUAGAAACUUGUAAAGAUCGUAUUGCAUCUGCUCUUGAAACUCUAAGACCAGCAACUUCAUGGGAGAGAACGACAGGAGCAGGUCAAGGACUGGACGGUAUUUUGAUGGGUGGGAGAGGUUUUGGGGUGGCAAUGGAAGCCCUUUUUAAUUAUCUUGGUUCAGAAUAUGGAAGCAUAUUUGCAUUAGCUAGAGUCUUUGCUUUUCUAUCUGGCCCUCCUGAUUAUGGAGCUGGGCAGCUUGAUACAAGACGGUAUGGUGAACAAUAUGCUAGUAAAGGAGAGGAUGCAGACCGUGCUUUGCUUCCUGAGCAGACACCAUUUUACAAAGAUCUGGCUGCCAUCGCUGUUCAAUCAGGUGUUUGUGUGGACAUAUUUGCUGUUACCAAUGAGUAUACAGACUUGGCAUCAUUAAAGUUUCUUAGCAUAGAAAGCGGAGGCUCAUUGUUGUUGUAUUCAAAUACUGAUGACUCAACCCUUCCUCAGGACAUGUAUCGGAUGCUAAGUAGACCAUAUGCUUUUGGUUGUAUCAUGCGAUUGAGGACAUCUUCUGAAUUCAAACCUGGCCAUUCUUAUGGACAUUUCUUUCCAGAUCCACAAUAUGAGAAUGUUCAACACAUUAUUUGUUGUGAUUCUUAUGCCACAUAUGCAUAUGAUUUUGAGUUUGCAAACACCGAUGGUUUCUCGAGAAAUGGAACGGAACCUCCUGUCAUACAGAUUGCAUUUCAAUACACUGUUGUUGUGCCGCCUGAGGAGCUUUCAAACUCAGUGCUGGUUUCCUCAAAUAGGAGCAAGCAUUCCCUUAAGCGUCGGCUAAGAAUUCGCACUUUGCAAUUUGGAACUGCUCAAAACAUUACAGAACUCUAUGACAGUGUUGAACACGAGGUGGUUUUGUCAUUACUUGUUCACAAGGUUAUAUUAGCCUCACUGGAGCAAGGUGUUCGGGAGGGGAGGAUGUUGCUUCAUGAUUGGCUAGUAAUCCUCACAGCUCAGUACAAUGACGCUUAUAGACUUGUUCAGUACAGGAAUGGAAGUUCGAUGACUUCUCAGGUCGACGUUGCAUUCUCACAAUGCCCACAACUGCAGCAUUUACCUCGCCUAGUUUUUGCUUUGCUUCGAAAUCCUCUGCUCCUUUUUCAUGAAGAAGGUGUUCAUCCUGACUACAGAAUCUACCUUCAGUGCCUAUUCAGUGCACUGGAACCAAGUUCCCUUCAUCGUGCUGUUUAUCCUGUGCUGACCUCAUAUUCUACUCCAGAUAAGCAAGCAUAUCCACGUCACUCAUUAAGUCGUGCAGCACUGAUUACUAGCGGAAGUCCAAUAUUUUUCCUUGAUGCAUUUACAACUCUGAUAGUGUUUUAUUCUUCCACAGCAGACCCUACACUUCCAUUUCCUCCACCUCAUGAUUGUCUGCUGCGGAGUACAAUUAACAAAUUAAAGCAACAGAGAUGUAUCACUCCGAAACUUAUGUUUAUCCGGGGAGGCCAGGAUGAUGCUACCCCUUUUGAGAACUAUCUUAUUGAGGAACAAGACGUCGAUGGAAGUGGUCUGACUAGUGUCAUGGGUUUUGUUUCCUUUCUUGAAGAUGUCACACGGAGUGUAGUGGAAUAUAUGAAGUAAAAUUCUGUUGCGAACUAAUUGAUCUCGAAAGUCUAAAAAUUACAGGAAGAGGGUACAACCACCACAACCAUCAAGGCGCUUGAAGUGAAGUGGUCUUCCAAGGUUGAAUAAUUGCUCAAAAUCUCAGGUCAAUCAGCAUCGAAGAGUUCCAUUCUCAUCGUUGAAACAACUUAGCGAUUGUUAAAAUAAUUUACUCUCAAGAGUGCCAAAUUAUACAGAAAUUACAAUGAGUUUCCAAUUUUUCUACCAUUUCUGAACGAAAGUUUCAGACGUGUAAGAGCUGCCCUUCUUAUUUUUUUGGUUGGUAUAUCGCCCAUAUAUUUUUUUUUUUGGUUACAUCAUGAGUAUGUAUACAUAAGGAGGUGAUGAAGCUGUACUAAGAGUUGACUUUUGUUUUGCUA